GUAGAGCCGUGUUGGACGCAUUUUUCCCAAAGUGUAAAAUAUUAGCGUUACAACACAAAACGAACAAAAUUUUUAACGAAAAUUCGAAUAGAAAACGAUUAGACGAUGCGUUUUAAAUUAUUUUUAGCCAGUUUACUGGCAUGUGGCUUCAUAGCCUAUGUAAUAGCAAAUGAAAAUAUAUCUUUGGAACAAGAAAAUGAUGCUAUAUUAAUAAAUUCAAGUAACAAUGUCAAUAAAAAAAUCUCAAGUGCCGCUGAAUUUGUGGAAAUUGCGCCCGUGGUGCCAGUGAACAGUGAAAAAGUGAAUAUUGUGAAGCAGCCAUCGACUGCUAAAGCUAAUGUACAAGUAAAUCCCGUUGCACCCAAAGUGAACGCUAAUGUUAAGCCAAUCUUGGCCAAAGCCAGUAACCUUUUAGUGCAAAGUUACAAAAAUAUCACAAAGUCUCAAACAUUUGAGCAACGUUCCGGUGCACUUAAAAUGUUAAACUUCGAUGAUUACAUGGGAGAAUUGGGUUAUGACGUCUACAAUGAUAACGGUUACAAUUGGU